AUGUCCAACCUCAAAAACAUACCGAUUCCUGAGGGCCACCCUUUUCUCAGGAAAAGGUCAGAUGGAAACAGCCGCCGACGGAGGAGUAGCAGCAGCAGUCGAGGUACAACAACGACAAGCACCAACUCCGGCUGGCGGUAUCUGGUCGAGGAGUGCAACCAAGAAUGGUCCGACAAAAAUCUUGGCAUAUAUAUGCGAGAAGGAGACAGGCAUUUGAAGGCUAUUCUCGAGGCGAAGUCAUUCACUCCGGUAAAGACGGUGCUUGCAGCUCAGUACAAGGAAGUGCCCGCAGGUUGGAAGAUGCCUCCCGUGGUCCAGAUAAGAGAGUCAUACGUCCGGGGGACAAUCAAUACAGAAGGCGAAUACAUGGACUCGGAACCAACGAUCUUUCCUCCUCGAGAAGAUGGAGGAAUCGACGCGGAGGCCCUCAGUCGGCAAAUUUCUCUUCCCCUGGACAUCAACAAAACAGAACAAUAUCGCAGAAUUCUGUUCGAGGCCCUGAAGAGCCUGGUGACGUCUCCCGCCAUCCCUGUCAUGCCCGCCGUGCCCGUCCGCAGAGUGGUGGUCCUCGGAUGCGAACAAGAAGACGCCGAUAGUAUUUUCAGAAGGAAGUGA